CUCAAGUAAACAACCAAUCAGAUAGUUUCAUUCCGAUAGACAUAAAUGUACAUAAAUCAAAAAAGUAUAAUACAGUUAUUCUAGAUUCCUGUUUCACAACAACAACAACAACAAUAAUGUCCAGUUUAAUGGAAGAGUUAAACUCUUUAGCGAAUCAAUAUCAAGUGGAUUUGAAUUCAAUCGAUUUCGCCAUCAAAUUAGACGAGCAUGAUGUAUUACGCUCGUAUCGAUCAGAAUUUCAUUUACCCAACUAUGAUGAAGUAAUGAAAACAAUCUAUACAAAUCCAACAGAAUAUAAUCAACCGAUAACUACUACUACUACUACUGAAAAUGAUACCACAAAUCAUACCAAACAAAUUAUCUACUUUUGUGGUCAUUCCAUGGGAUUACAACCAAAACGUUUACACGCUUAUUUAACUAGUAUAUUAAAUCAAUGGAGUAAUUUAGGCGUGUUAGCUUAUCAUUAUGGUGAAUUGCCAGCAUCUCACUGUGAUCAACAAUUAUCCAUGGAUUGUGCACAAUGGAUUGUCAAUGCCAAACCACAUGAAGUAGCGAUCACUUGUAAUUUAACAGUGAAUAUGCAUACAUUAUUAGCAAAAUUCUAUCGACCAAAAGGCGAGAAACAAUGUAUUCUUAUUGAAGAUGACAUUUUUCCAAGUGAUUAUUAUGCAUUAGAAUCACAAAUUCAUUGGCAUGGUUUAAAUCCAAUCGAUUGUAUAAUUAAAAUGAAACCACGUGCAGAGGAAUAUUGUUUAAGAAAUGAAGAUAUUUUACAAACAAUACAAAAAAAUCAACAUAGAAUUGCAUUGAUUUGGUUACCAGGUAUACAAUAUAUUACAGGACAAUUAUUUAAUAUGAAAUUAAUUACUCAAUGGGGUCAUCAUUAUUGUCAAUGUCCAGUAGGAUGGGAUUUAGCUCAUGCUAUUGGUAAUGUUCCAUUAUAUUUGCAUGAUUGGAAUAUUGACAUGGCUGUAUGGUGUUCAUAUAAAUAUUUGAAUGGAAGUCCUGGUGCAUUGGGAGGAUUGUUUAUUCAUGAAAAAUAUCAUCAUGAAGAAUCAAGUUAUGGACCGACUAUAAAUAAAUCGAACAGGGAUAGUAGUAAUGAUAUGAUAAUGAUUGAUGUAUCUGGUCCUCAACUGACCGGUUGGUGGAGUCAUCGUAAUGAAACACGAUUCAAUAUGACUGGACAUAUGGAGCUAGCUAAAGGUGCUGAUGCUUAUCGUUUGUCUAAUCCACCAUUAUUAUUAGCUGCAACUUUAACAGUCAGUAUUAAUAUUGUCAAAUUAUGUGGUGGUAUGAAUAAUUUACGUGAGAAAUCAAUCAAACUAACUAAUUAUCUUGAAUAUCUCAUCACCAAUAGUCCAUUAGCAUUAAACAAUGAUCAAUAUUGUCUGGUUACACCAUCCAGUUCUACAGAACGUGGAGCACAAUUAACAUUGUGCUUUCAUCAGGUGAAUGUAAAAGAAAUCUAUGAAAAUCUAUUAAAAUUAGGUGUAAUAUGUGAUUAUAGAUUGCCGAAUUUUCUACGUAUUACACCGAUACCAUUGUAUAAUAGUUUUGAAGAUGUUUACCUAUUUGUACAGCGUCUUCGUCAUUUACUUUUGAUUUCUAGGACAGUUUGA